AUGAAAUUCUCCAUCAUCGCCAUCCUUGUUGUUGCCCUGGCCAUUGGCUCCGAGUCAGUAUCUCUGGUUAAGAGAGAGACUCCUGCUGAGCUGGACAAGAUCGCAAAAUACUUCCAGGACCUCGUGGACACUUUUAAAAACGUUGAGGCCCCUGAGAUGGCCAACAAGGCCAAGGCUUACUUUGAAGAGAGCAAAGCCCAGUUUCAGCCCAUGGUUGAGAAGCUCCAGGAGCAGAUGAAGCCCUUCUCCAGCAACAUUGAAGACCAAAUCAAGCCUCUGGCCGCCUCUGUCCAGGCUCAGAUCGCCCCCCUGACCGACAUGGUUCAGACCCACAUUGAAGACAUGCUCAAGUUUUUGACUGACAAGUCUAAAGCCAUCCUACCCCCUCAGUAA